CUUCAUGAUACAGUUGCAGGGCAAAUUGACGGAUGGGUGCAAAUUGACGAUGGACGUAAAUUACGUCGUGCCAGAGAAUCUACACGUUGUCCCUCUAGCAGAACUUGAUCUGCGACCAGACCACGAAGUCGACGCCGAGUUGACGCUCUUUAGGCCUGUUUCGAGCGAGAAGAACAUCUGGCUCUUCUGGCAUUCAGGCUUCGAUGGUCUGCACCCAUAUACCAAACGAAAUGUCCGAGCGUGGCACCGUCGCUUCUCCAAGAAGGGAUGGACCGUUCGUGUCGUCAACCGGCAGGACUCUGAUCCACUUAACAUCGAGAACUUUGUUGAUGUAAACGACCCGCAAAAUUUCCCCGAGGCAUUUAGAAAUGGCUGCAUGGACGGGAAGUACGCCGCACAGCACACCUCGGACCUAGUUCGCUGGCCUCUGCUUCUCAAGUACGGCGGGGUAUAUGCCGACGUUGGCAUGAUACAGAUCGGUGAUUUGGACCGUCUCUGGAACAAGACGAUCGGAGACCCCUCCUCAGGCUAUGAGGUUUUGAGUUACAGAGGUCCUCAGCAAAACGGAAGGAACUUGACCAACUACUUCCUGGCUUGUGGGAAGGGGAACCAAUUGUUCAUGCGCUGCCACAAACUCCUGCUCAAGCUAUGGGAGCGUCGAACCGACACAACGGGUCUGCACGCCCAUCCACUGCUGAGAGGCGUGCCGAUGCAAGGGGGAACUUUCGAGAUCGUGGAGGAAGGAAAGCCAACGAUUGGCAAAGAGGAGGCGGGGAAGAUGCUGACUGAUUACAUCAUCCAAGGGCAAGUGAUCUCUAUGGUGAUGGGACUUGUUGACGAGGAGGACGGCUGGAACGGACCGGAAUAUGUCGAAAAGCACGUAUAUGGAAUAGACUUUAUGAGCGGCAGCCAGUUGAUCAAUGAGAUAACCGGAUUCAACGGGAGGAAAGCGUUUGAGCUGAUGUCUCUCUCUAUGCCAAAGGAUGGGGAGAAGGAGAGCGAGGCACAGAAAGAGGCGAGGGAGGUGCUUCAGACCAUUUUGCGGCGAAGCUGGGGCUUCAAGCUCGCGCACGGAAUGAUCCUGGAGGUUUUCAAAGAAACGUUGGGAAGCCUGUGGAGAGCCAACGAAGGUUCAGACGUCGAACCCGGAACGUAUGCCGCAUGGUUUCGGCACGCAACGCUAUAUUGGAGUCAAGAUGUCCUACCCCCUCGUGUCGAAUUCCCGAUGAGUGAGCCGUGGAAGAAAGGACCGUUGCUGAGACAGACAGGUGAUGAAGUCGAUUCGACUGGAUAGGCAGGGCCUCAUCUUUGAGAGCUAUCUGCGGUCGAAUCCUUUCCUUAGGUUUGAAUUCAGACAGGUGCCCAGAUCCUGGACUGAGUACCGAUCACAUCCUGGGCAGGGUAGAAUAUCACUUAGAAAAUUUUUGUGUUGACAUAUAUGUGCAACUUGCACGUUCGCGCGAUC